AUUUGCUUUAUAGCUUACCAAGUUCUCUUGUUUUAUUCUUUCCCUAGUAUUCAUUUCCAGAGCUUCCUCUUUGCUGAUACUAAUUUAGCAAAGGUUUGAAGACCUCGCUAUGCGUGCAAGGCGGUCUAGUACCGGUGAAACCUCAACUGAUUUGAGCAAGGGAGGACCAAGGAAAAGGAGAACUCUGAGCGUGGGAGAAAUCGGAGCGCACCACAGCCCUGCAUCACUUCGACGAGAGGUGUGCUCUCGUGUUGAGCGGGUUACAAAUAUAAGGUCAAGCCUCUAUCGUCAAACAUAUCAUGAGUUUCUCUGCCCACUACUCAGGUUCGCUGCUAGCCCAACGUUCAGUUCAUGGUUUAUUGAGCCACUUUUCGCAUCAGAUGCCAAAUCGUCUGAGAUUAUUAAAAUCAGAGAAAGCAUUCCUCCGGAUAGUGAUAGAGCUCCUAAAACAGCAAAGAAACGAAUGACCAGCAAUUCGAAUUUGCUCUUUCUUACCAUAGUCAAUCCGUACCUACAGUUACUGUCAGAUAUGUUGGGCAAGUCUAUGGGGAAGGAGGAUAAACCACAUGGAAGAGAUCAAAACGGACUAUUCGUACUAAAAUCGACAGAAGCAUGGAUCAUUCCGAUGCAACAGCUGAGAUUAGCAGCUCUGUUACAAGUCUCUUUCACAAUUGGUGGGACCACGCUCGACAAAGUCAAAAAUUUGGAUCUAGUACAGAUCUUUACAUCGAAAGCUGGUGUGGCGAGGAUCACUAAACUUUCACUAGAUUCUUCCCUGUCAGUAAUUGUUAUUCGCUUUACUCAUCCUGGUUACAAGAGGACUCAAUCAUCAGCCACGGAAUAUCAUGUCCACUGGCUUUCUUGGUUUUCAGCUUGGGUCCACCUCGAUACUGCUAUGAACAUUCUUCAGGCUGAACAGACUUCUACAGCAAACCGUGAGAGUCUGUGUCAAAAAAUUUUCGAGAACACGAGAGCCAAAUUGCAAAAUUCUGGGUUCUACACCUAUCUCACAUCAGUCAAUCAGGAGAGGGCUAGGGAAACCCCAAUGACCAAGCACCUAGUCCCCAUGAUAGAUAGUGAACGGAUUCUGGGGUUACCAGAGAAACGGAAAUCAACGAAACGAAACGAAGCUUGGAGGAGGAUGCUGCAUUAUUUCUUCCACCAAAAAGUUGGACUGAUGAGGAUUGCGCCACCUUAG